CGCGGGUACCGGCGCCGGCUUCUCCCGGUUCCCUGCGGCGGGCGCCGGCUCCGCUUUGGCCCGAGGAGGGUGCGCUGCAGGGGCGCAGAGGGGGCGGGGAGGACCUGCGACGCCCCGCCCCCUUUCGCGCUCGGGAGGCUAGGCCCGCCCCGGGAGGACCGGGUCCUGUGGCCGCUCGGUGCCCAGGCCAUCGCUGCCCGCAGGUGUCGGCGGCCGCAGAGCCACCGGCCCCAUGGUGGGUUUCGGGGCCAACCGGCGGGCCGGCCGCCUGCCCUCCUUCGUGCUGGUGGUGCUGCUGGUGGUCAUCGUCGUCCUUGCCUUCAAUUACUGGAACAUCUCCUCCCGCCACGUUCUGCUUCAGGAGGAGGUGGCCGAGCUGCAGGGCCAAGUCCAGCGCACCGAGGUGGCCCGCGGGCGCCUGGAGAAGCGCAAUUCGGACCUCUUGCUCUUGGUAGACACGCAUAAGAAGCAGAUCGACCAGAAGGAGGCCGACUACGGUCGCCUCAGCAGCCGGCUGCAGGCCAGGGAGGGCCUGGGGAAGAGAUGCGAGGAUGACAAGGUUAAGCUACAGAACAACAUAUCGUAUCAGAUGGCAGACAUACAUCAUUUAAAGGAGCAACUGGCUGAGCUUCGUCAGGAGUUUCUUCGACAAGAAGACCAGCUUCAAGACUACAGGAAAAACAACACCUACCUUGUGAAGAGGUUAGACUAUGAGAGUUUUCAGUGUGGACAGCAGAUCAAGGAAUUAAGAGCACAACAUGAAGAAAAUAUUAAAAAAUUAGCAGAUCAGUUUUUGCAGGAACAAAAGGAGACCCACAAGAUUCAAUCAAAUGAUGGAAAAGAAUUGGGUAUAAAUGAUCAUGUAGCACCUAAAAAUAUUCCAAAUGUGGCUGAAAGUGAUGCAAACAAGAACGAGGAGCCCUCGAGCAAGCAGAUUGCACACGAGAAAGAACAAGUCAAACGAGUUGGUGAUGCUGGGAUGCCUGGAGUCGAAGAGAAUGACCUAGCAAAAGUAGAUGAUCUUCCUGCUGCUUUAAAGAAGCCUCCUGUGUUAGAUUCUCCACAUGAAAGUCAUCAGACAAUCUCCCAUCUUCCAAUUGGACAGCUUCUCUUACCAAACAUGGCUCCAGGUUUGCAUCUAAAUCAGAAUGAAAAUCCCGGCACUUCAAAACAGAACCCUUCAAAUCCUCUUCAGCACUUAAUUCCAGUUUCAAACCUGGAGCGGGAGCCCAGAAUUCAAACAGACACACUAAAGCAGGCCACGAGGGACCGAGUCAAUGAUUUCCACAAGCUGAAGCAAAGCCGAUUCUUUGAUGAAAAUGAAUCCCCUGUUGAUCCGCAGCAUGGCUCUAAACUGGCGGAUUAUAAUGGGGAUGAUGGUAACGUAGGUGAGUAUGAGGCAGACAAGCAGGCUGAGCUGGCUUACAAUGAGGAAGAAGAUGGUGAUGGUGCAGAGGAAGACGUCCAAGAUGAUGAAGAACGGGAGCUUCAGAUGGAUCCUGCAGACUAUGGCAAGCAGCGCUUCAAUGAUGUCCUUUAAGUCUGAGGGACUCCCAAAACCCAAAGUGCUGUGCAGCGAAGAAUCUCUACUUGUCAAUCUUGACUUUUGUUGUAAAGUUCAGUUGUAUCGGUUGUAAAGAUACAUUGAGAUAGAGUUAAGGAAAUUUUAAUGAAGGAAUGUACCGAUGUACAUAUGUGAACUUUUUCAUAUUGUAUUAUCAAAGCAGAUACUUUUUUGGUUACGACACAGCUGAGCCAAAAACGGUUAAUCUUUGCAUUUAAAGCAAACUAAUGUAAAUUUCACAUUUUAUUGAGCCUAAUUUUUUUUCACACAAAGACAAACAGGAACAAAUGGUUGUACAGGUUAUAUGCUGCACAUAGUGUGACCACAAUGAGACGUUACUCAGCUGAAAAGUCUACACUAACACAUUUUUGUUACCCCCGUAGGUGUCCUCUACUGCCCCUCCUUUAGCACUCUCUCA